GAAGAUGCCAAUCCCAUUGUAGAUUCGAAAAUAGCAUAUGAUAUAAAAACUGUUAACAUUGUUAACGAUUGGAGUGUUUCAGAAAAAUCAGAAGAAAUCGUGAAAACUGUUAACAAUAUUAACAUUCAGAAUGCUUCAGAAAGUUCAAAAGAAAUCAAGAGCAAAAUUGACCAGAUCUGUUUGGGACCCAUCAAGAUAAAUCAGUUUAAAGAUAAAGCUGUGAAACUUAGGUCUAAUGAUAAGAAACUUACAGAUCAGACCGCAAGAAAGCAGAUCUAUGAUGAGAUGAAGUCAUACCAUUUAGGCGUCUCUGAUAGAUAUUUACGUGUAAUGACUUGUAAAUCAAGAAAGAUCAAUAAGUCAUUCAGAUACGAAUAUAAACCUGUAACUCUGAAAAAGAUUAAAAGUAUAGAAGAAUAUAUGGUUCAGCAGGUUACUUAUAAUGCUGACAAAAUUUUAAGACUCACUAAUCCUCAAAUCAAAUACAUCAUAGAACAGGUCAAAUUGAAGACAAUCACUGAUCAGAGUCAUGUGAACGAAAUCUUCGAGACCAUAGCUACUACUUCAACUUAUGACUCAGAUGAUAAUUUUAGUGCAAUCUUGAAUGAUACAGUUUACUUUAAGGAAGAAGAAGGGACGAAUGAAUUGAUUGAAAAGGUCUCUAAAAAAUCUGAAGUAAGUGCACCAUCUAUGCCAAUACUAGCUGAAGACGAUUUGGAUAAAAUGAUCAGGAAAACUUUCGAGGAAAAUGAGGCUAGGAUAGAGAAAGAAAGACAGAAAAAAAUGUAG